AUGUCGCAAGCGAGCGAGCUCGCCGCCUUGGAGGCCGCCGUCCCGAAGCUAAUGGGACCGGUGGUUAUAGCAAAUGCACUGAACGCAAUGUUAUACGGACUGUGCUUCCUCCAGUUUCUUCAUUACUAUUCGAUGGGGAAGCGGGAUAGUCUCCCCAACCAAGCCAUGGUGUGCUGGACCUUCGCUGUGGACACAACUCACACUGCAGCAUCGGUGUGGAUGUUAUGGUACUACCUGGUUCAAAAUUUCGCGAACGCACCCGUAAUCGGUACAUUGCCAUGGCCAUAUCUCUCGUUACCAAUCUUCAUCAUUCUAGCUUCACUUCCCAUCCAGCAGUUUUUCGCUUGGCGCAUCAAGCAAUUGAGCGGAUCGUGGAUUGUUUUCUUUGCGUUGUCUAUCCUGUCGUUGGUGUCCUCAGGGGUCGGUUUCGCGAAUUCCGCCGUUGCGUUCACUACUCCCAGUGUCCAGGACUUCAACAGCCAAGCGCAUCUUGUCGACAUCUGGCUGACAUUGUCCAUGGUGUGUGACGGUUUUUUGGCUGGGCUCUUGUUCUACUACCUGCAGAAGAGUCGUACGGGCUUCAAACGCACGGACUCCAUCAUCACACGGAUCAUCCAUUCUUGCGUCGAAUCGACGGCGCUCAACUCUAUCUUUUGUAUGGCCGACCUCAUCGUUUUCAACUUGUACACCGAGUCCAAUUACAACUUGUUGGUUGCUAUGCCUAUGGGGCGUGUCUACACAAUUACUCUCCUUGGAAUGCUGAAUUCGCGGCUCGCUAUGCGCGAGGAACUCGAAGGAGAACUCAACGACACCUCGCAUGCCAUGCAACCUAGUCGUAUCGACCGACGCUUCAACAUCUCGGGCAACCACAGGUCGACUGAGGUCAAGGUCGACGUCGUCGACGAACGGUCUGACGUGGACGCCUACCUGCGCUCGGGCUCGCGCGAGUCGAUGAAGGCGCCGACUGUCUCGGACCCAUCUUACGUCGAUCACAAGCAGCAGUCAAUCAUUGCUUGA